GAAGAGAGGACCAGGGAAAGAGAGAAGAAAUAGAGAGUGGAUUUAAUCCAUUGUUUUUCAUGGAUUAUCCAGAGAAAUUAUGAUUGGAGAUGAAUUAGAAGCUAAAAGAAUUCGAAGUGCUUCAAUCUUUACUGGUGAUUCUGACAGUGAAUUGUUUUAGUUAGUUAUGUUUCAAAAUUCUAGUCUGAACAUCAAGGUUGGAAGCAUGGGAACAAGACCUAUGAGUGCAAAUACAGUAGAACACAAUGGACAGGGUUCUCAGCCAUGGUGGGGAAGCUCUGCUCUCAGUACUGCUGUUCCACCUGUAAUAUCAGAGAGUGUGUUAAAACCGGCAUCUGCUGUGAAUCCUGAUGGUGCUGAUGGGAACCAAAGUGUUGGCCAAUCUCAUCAAAAUGAUCAAGAAGAUGAUAAUUCUGAUGUUAGCAAACAGUUGCAAAAUUUGGGGACACAGACAGGUUCAGUUGGAAGCUACGGACAAGAACGGCAACAGCAGCCGCCUGUCUCAUCUGUCAUGCCAACUGUGAUGCCUGAAUAUCUUGCACCACAUACUCAGCUGGAACUCGGUCAAUCGAUUGGAUGUGCGGCAUAUUCCUACACUGAUCCUUACAGUUUGAUGGGCGCUUAUGGCAACCCAGCACUGAUGUAUCCUCAUUUGAUUGGAAUGCCUCAUACACGCAUGCCUUUGCCACUUGAAAUGACAGAGGAGCCUGUUUAUGUAAAUGCCAAACAAUACCAUGGUAUAUUGAGGAGAAGACAGUCACGCGCCAAGGCUGAACUCGAAAAAAAACUGAUAAAAGUCAGAAAGCCAUAUCUGCACGAAUCGCGUCAUCAGCAUGCUAUGCGAAGGGCAAGGGGUUGCGGGGGCCGUUUUCUUAACACGAAGAAGAAUGAUGGAAAUGCCUCCGAUCAUAACCCUGAGAACUCAGUGAAUUCAGCUUUCACUUGUCCAAUUUUCACUCUGUACCAGGUGACACAGAAGACAAGGGGGACUACUCAGGGCAGCGGCAUGGCGCCAUCUUGGCGAACCGCCACCCAAGCAGGGCUGUGAGCAUCCAGUGAGAGACUUCUUUCUCUGGGGUUGUGUAGCCUCUCUUCUGAACUAACUGCAUGUUGACAUAUUGUUAAAUCUCAAGUUCACACACUUGUUCAAGCUUAGAAAGGCAUGCACACUUGUGGCAAAAAGGCAAUUGUUCAUCAUCUGAAGAGGAGAAUUCACUGGAUUGGAGGCAAUUCAUUCUUGG